GCUCUGCGACCGAGCGACGCGACAAGAAUAGAUAAUGUGCACUCGAAGAAGGUUUCUGAAAUGUAAGCAGCAUGGGUUAUAAAGGACUCGCACCGGUUCCACGCGACGCGAGCGGUGUGGAUGGGGUGUGAGGAAACACGCUUCACGGCUCUGCCUGACGUCACCCCAGCAGCGAGCGCGUCCAUAGAUGUGACAGUACAGUGACAGCGCCUCGUCCACUGUACACUGACUGUCUCAGGCAUACACACGAGAUACAGCAGCAGAAGAGCAGGAAUGUGACCGGGCAACAUUCCGCGUUAUUUACAAUUCGCCGUCCGCCCUAUACUGAUCCAACAUUACACGGGGUGCAGGACUUUAAACGCUGCGUCCACUGGGAAAAAACACCGUUCAUAUUAUUAACCAGGUGUUCAAUGCCCUCCUGAGGUCCGAGGAUCGUAUUGGCAUAUUUUCAUUUUGUGUUAUUUAUUUCUUCAGUUAUUUUCUCCACUCGACUGUGACUUCAAACUGGGGUUCAAUAACUGGGGAUUUUACUGGUGGAACAAUAGACGGUCGCCGAUAUCUGGAUCAUAAAUUGUAUUGUUGGAUUAUUGUGUCUCCAACAUGAACACGAGUGUUCCUUACCAGCAAAGCUCGUGCAGCAGUGAACGGAGCUCUGGACCAAUCCGCUGCUAUCGCUGCCGGGAAGUUUGCAAAGGGGAGGUGGUACGAGUGCAGAAUAUCCACUUCCACAUCAAAUGCUUCACCUGCCAAAUCUGUGGUUGUGACUUGGCACAUUCCGGAUUCUUCCAGAAGGGCGGCGAGUACAUCUGUACAGCAGACUACCAGCGGCUAUAUGGCACGAAGUGUGAUAGCUGUGGGGAAUUUAUCUCAGGAGAGGUGGUCUCCGCUCUGGGACGCACAUAUCAUCCGCAGUGUUUCGUCUGCAGAGUGUGCAGGAAACCUUUUCCAAUUGGGGACAGAGUGACAUUCAGUGGGAAAGACUGUGUCUGCCAGCAUUGCUCUCUUAAGCUGGUUAAUAGCAAUGAGCCAGUCAAAAUCCACGGGCCCAGCCACUGUGCAGGUUGUAAGGAGGAAAUCAAACAGGGGCAGUCUCUCCUGGCGUUAGAGAAACAAUGGCACGUCAGUUGCUUCAGGUGUCAGACAUGCGGCAUGGUGCUGACCGGCGAGUACAUAAGCAAAGAUGGCGUUCCUUACUGUGAGUCAGACUACCACGCCCAGUUCGGGAUUAAGUGUGAAACGUGUGACAGAUACAUUAGUGGACGAGUGUUGGAGGCUGGAGGUAAGCACUACCACCCCACCUGUGCCCGUUGCGCUCGGUGUCAGAUGAUGUUUACAGAAGGAGAGGAGAUGUACCUCACAGGUUCAGAAGUGUGGCAUCCUUUGUGCAAACAGGCAUCUCGAACAGAGAGGAAACUCAGACUCAGGCGCACAUCAGAAACCUCCAUUUCUCCUCCGGGCUCCAGCAUUAGUUCACCCAGCAGGGUCAUCUGUGCCAAAAUGGAGGACGAGAUCCUUGAUUACAAAGACUUGGCAGCGCUGCCUAAAGUUAAAGCCAUUUAUGAAGUGCAGAGGCCGGACCUCUGGUCCUAUGAGCCCAGUCACAGAUACUGCUCCGAUGACAGGCUAGAGCGACUCAGCUAUGGGGAGUCCCUUGGCACACUCUCCCCUUAUUCUCAGGACAUGUAUGAAAGUAUGGAUGUGAGGUUGAGAAGAUCGUCCAGUCCAGGAUACAUAGACUCACCCACCUACAGCAGACAGGGCAUGUCUCCCAUCAUGCCUCGCUCUCCACAGCACUACUACAGAUACGGCACUGAGAGUGGCAGAAGUUCACCCUAUUACAAUCAGCUAGAUGCCCGGUCCAGCACGCCCACCACAAACCAAGCUCCCAAGCAUUUCCAUGUGCCAGCCACAGGGGAGCCCAACAUCUACAGGAAGCCUCCCAUCUAUAAGAGACAUGACAAUUACUGCAAUCCAGCAACUAAGAGCAAAACCAGUGAGGACAUCCUUCAGUCCUCCAAGUUCUCAACAACAUACUCGCCUGAACACUACCAGCACUCAGAUUACUACCAUAACACCAGCUCUCCAAAAUCUUUACGUGCUCCCAGGAGAAGAUAUUCUUCAGGUGGAGAAGAGGAUGGCUGGAGUCACGGUCUUCAAAGAAUUCAGGGUGGUAUCGGUAGGUUGAUCCUGAAGGAAGAGAUGAAAGCCCGCUCUGGUUCCUAUGACAACGACCCCUGGGGCAGCACGCAGAACUCCCGCAGCGGCAGCAGGGAGAUGUUGCACAGCAUGGGCCACAACAACACUGUUAACGGCUCUCCUCUGACAAAUUUUGCAGCUGAUGACUACAUAUCAAAGUCAGCUUCUUUACCAGGAUAUGGCCGGAAUGGAUUGCACAGGCCACAAAGUGCCGACUACUAUCAGUAUGACAGUGGCAGUGAAGUCGACUGGGGAAUCAGAGCAGAGUACAAGGUCUAUCCAUAUGAGGCGCUUAUUGUGACCACAAGGGGGCGCAACAGGUUGCCAAAAGAAGUUGAUCGGACCAGAUUGGAGCGCCAUCUUUCACCUGAGGAGUUCUUUCAGGUGUUUGGAAUGACAAUUGCUGAGUUUGACCGACUGGCACUGUGGAAGAGGAAUGAGAUGAAGAAACAAGCCAGGCUGUUCUAGCAUUUCUUUCCCACACACACACAGAGAGACCCGAAUACCUGUUCCAGUCAAACUAAACAAACACAUCCCGAGUCUUAGACAUACAGUCAUGCCUGGACUGCACCAACAAUUGGGCAACUGUCCCGUGCGAGGGGGAAAAUAAAAGAUCAGACAGACCAUACGAAAGAAGGAUCAUUUUUAAGUUUUACACAUUUCAUAUCUUCAGACAUAUUUUGUUACAAAAACAAGGAAUCGGGAAUUUGAAGGGAUUUAUAUUGCCUUUUGUUCUGCGUUAAUUUAUACACCAGCAAAAUGAGUGAACAGAAUGUAGAUAAAGUUAUUACGAAAACAUCGUUUUAGAGUGGGAGGAUAGCCUGACAUCAUCCAUUUAAAGCUGAUCAAUUACUUAUUAGUACAUUACAAGUACAUUAUGUAAUAUUUAUUUGAAAUCUUAUAAAAUAAUAUUUUUUCAGUCCUUUUAUUUCACUCAUGUAGACUCAUGUUUUAUUUUCACUACAUAAGCUUGGACGGGGUAAAAUCACAAUUAAGCGAUGAUUUGCUCGACAAUGAAUACCAAAGUCUGUUAUUUGUAAUGUUAGCAGAUGAAAUUGAGCACUGUUUGGUGCUGUGCUUUGUUCAGGUCAUUUCCAAGAAGUAAUGAAUACUGAAUGUAUACUUUUAUCACUAAAAGACUUUAGGAUUAUUAGACUAAGUAUGCUGAGACAUACAUUGGAUAUUGUGAUGGUAGAAAUACAUAUCUUUGACUUCAGUAUGUUUGAUACAGAUGACUAAAUGGAUAAGAAAUAAAGGUGCAAUGCUUUUUUCUCCAAAUGUUAUGCUCUCAAAAAAAGAUGUAUUGUUAGGCUAGGGCAGUUCUUUUUCCUGUUUAGAAUGGAUUAGGAAAUGCUGUGAUCCCUUAAAUGGGUUUAUGAUAUUUUUGAGUUUUCAUAAGGUGAUUUCUGGGUUACAUGAUUUAAUACCAUUGAUGCAGAGGUAGUAAAUAUAGGUUGUAUGGACAAUGACAGGGAUGACAUGUUCAUAAUCAGACAGAAAUACACAUCUGACUGCAACAAGUGACCAUUAACAAACUGUAAGCUUCAUUGGGACCUAACAGUAACUGUGGGUUUUUAUUCCCUGGUAAUAUACUGACAGUGACAUCCUCAGAUUAUUGUAGUUUUGUACCUCACUGACGAACAGGUGAACCAUCAUGUUAUCUGCCUUUGUGUGUAGUGUUUACAACCUGUUUGCCCAAUAGACUAUGAAGUAUUCUAUUCAUUUCCUAGUGAAGGAAGAGAGUUAAAGACCAUAUUUUUGAUUCUCUCUUUUUUAAUCGCUACGUUGCUAACUUUAUUUAUCUGUCAGUUUCAAAAGACGAUGUACAUCUUAUAUUGCAAUAAAAGUUGGUUUUCUUGUGUA